AUGGUUUGGAAGCGUUAUUACGGCGUGUACGAUCGGAAGAAGUCGUUGCGACUUCUUUCUGAGACAAAUUCAGCUAUAAGUGUCGAUCUGGACAUCGUCAUGAGUUCAACAAUGUGCCUCUUCUUCCGUAAGCGGCUAGACCGUUCGUCAUCAGAUGAGAGAGGUGCAAGUCCAGGAUUCUGA